AUGGCUGGUCCAGAUGAGAUAUUCUGGAGCACGUUCAGUCAAGAAACCGGAGUGGAUAAUGAAACGAUCAAAACCAUCAAAGCCGCAAGGAUUGCUGGAGUACUGUUGUGGCUUGGCUUCACAAGUCGUCUUCCGAAUGAGCCGAUGCCAGUACCGAUUUCUGAUGAUGAUGAAAGUGGAGCAUAUGGCAUGCGUGAUCUAGACGGGCUUUUGAUUAAUCCAACUACGAGGUUCACGGACUUGGUAUGCUUGGUUGAACUAGGAGAAAAGAGAAUGUGA